AAUGUUUGCUUUAUUUCAAGGCUUUAUUCCCCAUCUCUGGUUAACCCAGCCUGUUCCCAAUUGCUCAAAACACCAGAUUUUAGUACCUUAUCAUGAUCUCUCAGCCGUCUACCAUGGCUGCAACGUUAAUAUUUGUGGUUCUUGCACAUAUAUUUACGUCGGUUACUUCACUGUCAGAAGCUGAUAAGAUUACCAGUCUGCCAGGGCAGCCGCCGGUCAAGUUUAAGCAGUACUCAGGUUAUAUUACUGUCGAUGAGAACCAGCACAGAGCUCUAUUUUACUAUUUUGUUGAAGCAGAAUCAGAACCUGCUUCUAAGCCACUUGUUCUCUGGUUAAAUGGAGGGCCUGGUUGUUCGUCUGUGGGAGCUGGGGCUUUCGUUGAACAUGGACCUUUCAAACCAAGUGAAAAAGUUCUCCAGAGAAAUGAAUAUAGUUGGAACAAAGAGGCAAAUAUGCUAUACUUGGAAUCACCGGCUGGUGUUGGUUUCUCCUACUCUGCUAAUGAAUCGUUCUAUGAAUUUGUAGACGAUGAAAUCACAGGUUCUUUCACUUCAUUUUACGCAUUCAAGCAGUUAGGUAGUACUAGAAUGCUCACUGUUAGGCGUGCAAGAGACAAUCUUGUUUUCCUACAACGUUGGUUUGCUAGAUUCCCAGAGUACGAAAGCAAUGAUUUCUUCUUGACGGGGGAGAGCUAUGCGGGUCACUACGUUCCCCAACUUGCACGGCUCAUUGUUCGAACCAAAGCAAAGUUCAAUCUCAAGGGGAUAGCUAUAGGGAAUCCUCUUCUGGAAUUUAAUACUGAUCUAAAUUCUAGAGCUGAAUUUUUUUGGGCACAUGGACUGAUAUCAGAUUCAACUUAUAAGAUAUUCACCACGGUGUGCAAUUUUUCCCAAAUUUGGAGACAAUAUCACAGCGAGACUCCGAGUGUCAGUUGUGCAGAAGUGAAUAAAUUAAUACAGAGGGAGGUCGGUAAGUUCGUUAAUCAAUAUGACGUCACUCUCGAUGUUUGUUUUUCAUCCAUAGAUAUGCAGGCUCAGAUGCUAAAUCAGCCGCAAGAGACAGCCGAGAUAGAUGUUUGUUUGGAAGAUGAAACAUCAACAUAUUUGAACAGGAAAGAAGUACAAGAAGCUCUCCACGCUAAGCUAGUGGGAGUUAUCGAUUGGUCUGUUUGUAGCGAGGUGCUCGCGUACGACUAUCAUAAUCUAGAAAAACCGACAGUUCCUAUUCUAGGUGAACUUGUUGAGUCUGGCAUCCAGGUUUUCGUGUACAGUGGAGAUCAAGAUUCAGUGAUCCCAUUGACCGGGACACGUUCUAUGGUGAAUAAAUUAGCCAAGGAGCUAGGACUUAAUACGACUGUGCCUUAUAGAGCCUGGUUCAAGGGGAAACAGGUUGCUGGAUGGACACAAGUUUACGGUAACAUCUUAUCAUUUGCCACCAUAAGAGGGGCAGGUCAUGAAGCUCCAUUUUCACAGCCAGAGAGAUCACUCAUUCUAUUCAAAGCAUUGCUCGAGGGAAAGCCCCUUCCGGAUGCAGCCCCUUCAAGAUAAACAAAUCACCUAUAACCCUGUUUCACCAAUCACCUUGUGAAAUAAACCAGAGUUUCAUAAUGAACCAUUACUGGAAUUGACUAUUGCUAUAAGAAGCUAUCUGAUUCUCAA